GCUGGGUCUGCGCAGACUCAGUCGAGCUCUCUCCCGGCAGGAAGAUGGUGUCGUGUGUGUUGUCGGUUUUACUCCUGAACGUUUUCUGCAGUUUCGUCUCCUCUUUGUACUUUCACAUCGGAGAGACGGAGAAGAAAUGUUUCAUAGAGGAAAUCCCUGACGAGACGAUGAUUAUUGGUAACUAUCGGACUCAGCUGUAUGAUAAGCAGAAAGAAGAGUAUCUGCCGGCCACUCAGGGUCUGGGGAUGUUUGUGGAAGUCAAAGAUCCUGAUGACAAGGUGAUUCUGUCCCGGCAGUACGGCUCAGAGGGAAGGUUCACCUUCACGUCACACACACCUGGAGAACACCAGAUCUGCCUGCACUCCAACUCCUCCAAGUUCUCCCUGUUCGCUGGAGGCAUGCUGAGAGUUCACCUGGACAUCCAGGUGGGAGAACACGCCAACAACUACGCCGAGAUCGCCGCCAAAGACAAACUGACGGAGCUGCAGCUGAGAGUGAGACAGCUGGUGGAGCAAGUGGACCAGAUCCAGAAGGAGCAGAACUACCAGCGGUACCGCGAGGAGCGUUUCCGUCAGACCAGCGAGAGCACCAACCAGCGGGUCCUCUGGUGGUCCAUCGUCCAGACGCUCAUCCUGGUCGCCAUCGGCAUCUGGCAGAUGAGACACCUCAAGAGCUUCUUCGAGGCUAAGAAACUGGUGUAAAACGUUCACCUGGGAAAUGAGUAUGUGUGUGUUUGUGUGUGUGUGUGUGAGAGAGAGAGUGAGAGUGUGUGUGUUUGGUCUCUACUGAUUGAUGCAGUACUGAGCGGCGGCGGCGGCGGUCGCUGCUGUCGGAGGAGAAACUGCAGACUGCUGAGGAAACAGGACACAGAGAAACCCAGCUGCACGAUUCGACUUACAAACAUCUUCAGAUUAUUAUUAUUGUUAUUAUCAUUAUCAAUGUUCUCAUUGUUUCCCUGUUUGUAAAGAACCCCCCCCCCCCCCCCCCCCCC